AUGGUUGAAAAUAGGGAGAAUUCCUUAUCACAUCACCAUUCAUCCAUUCUUCCUCUCUCACACUUUGUCUGCAAUUGUUGCAUCUCUCUCUCUCUCUCUCUCUCUCUCUCUCCGAUUUAUUUCUCAAUGAACAAUCGACACCCAUACAAUCUUUUAUUUUUAAAUUCUACUGUUCUCAUUUUAUUCUCUUUCUGUCUUUCACCCUCUUCCUUUCUUUUUGGAAAUGUUAAUCUCUUUCUAUGCUCUUCUCUCACUUUCCCUUUUCUUUCUUUUUCCCUCUUUUUUAUUCUUAUUAUAUUCUUUCUGUUUCAUCUUUCUCUCCUCUUUCUCUUGCGUUUAAUUUAUUCUCUCUCUUUUUUCUCUCCCUCCCUUCUCGUAUUUUCUGUGUUCUCUCAUUUCUCUAUUGUCCUCUUUUCUUUUUCUCUACCUUUUCUCUAUAACUUAUAUUCAUUCUAUUCGCCUUCUCCUACUUUCCCUUUGUCAUCGUUCUUGCCCCCCCCUCUCUCUCACUCUCCUGUUUUCCUCCAUUGCAUUUAUUUUUUCUACUUGGAAAUUUCUUGCCGAUCUUACUUUCUUUCCUUCUUCAUUCUUGUCUCUCUUCUCCUUCUCUUACUUUCUCUUACAUUUAUUCGAUUUUUUCUCUCUCUCUCUCUUUCUCUCUCUCUCUCUCUUUCUUUCUCUCUCUCUCUCUCUCUCUCUCUCUAUCUAUCUAUCUAUCUGUCUGUCUGUCAAUCUAUCUCAUCGAUCUGGUCUGACACCUUUCUGUAUUUUUCCUUUUCCUCUAUCAUUUCAUCUCUCUCACUCAUUCAUAUUCUUUUCCUCUUAUUCUUUCUCUCUCAAAAUUACCCCUUUUACUCAUCUAAUUUUCUCCCCUUUUCAUCACUUCUUUAUUCUAUCCUAUUUCCCUAUUUCUUAUUUUUUUAA